AUGUUUCGGAUUACUAGAACGAGUAUCGGACUCUUUUCUGUUCGUGUUACGUGUUUUGCGCCUGACUGCAAUGCACCUUUAGGGUUAGAAAGUGAAUCUAUAAAAAAUGAACAGAUUAAAGCCUCCUCAUUGAGUUUAGACCAAUCUCUUUCCAAAUUAAGAUAUGGAUGCUGUGAUGGAGAAUCAUUUGCGGCAUGGUGCCCUGCCGAAAAUCAAAAUGGUGAAUGGGUGGAAGUGAGUUUCUAUGGCCCAACAUUGGUUUCUGGCAUUAAAUUACAAGCACCACAGUCAAUUGAGGAAGUCACCAGCAAUCUGACUAAAUUUAGUGUGCAAUUUGAGCUGGCAACCUCACCACCAGGUGUCCUGACAACAUACAUUGAUGACAACAACCAGACUGUAUUUGAGAGUCAUUUGGAUACAGAAUCUAAGAGUAAUCUAACAUUUCCCAGUGUACUGAUACGGAAGAUUAGAAUAGUUGUUGAAGAAUUCAAUGUUAAUCCAUGUUUUAGACUGGAAGUUUUGGGAUGCAGUUCAACUGAGACUGUUGUACCAGUGGGUAUAAAAGAACCUAAAUUGAGAUUAGAUUACAUUUCUGAGGAUGAUAUAAAAUUGGUAUGUGAGACUACAGAUCUACCGUCAUUAAGCAUACAAUAUCAAGUGACGUGGUUUCGUGAUAAUAUCGCUAUACAAACAUCACUACUACCAUCACUGUCUACAUCACAAACUUUACAAGUUACCAUCCAGGAUUUCAAAAAUCAAAAAUCUCAUCAGUGUUCCAUUAAAGCCUGUCAUUCAUUAGACUGCAGUAAGGAUAUAUUUACAGACAAGGUUGAAAGCGAUGUAUUUAUGCCUGGUGUUACAUUGGAAACUGAAGACAGUCUGCAAAUUUGUGAAGGAGAACAGGGCAGCUUUAAGGUUGUGGGAAAUGCACCACCAAGUUUCAUAUGUCUCAUCAAUAACUUGAAGGAAGAUUGUCAGAUUUACCUGCAGACAACUGUAGCAGACGACAAUCCCGUCAGAUGUACCAAUGAUAGAAUUCUACCUCAAAUCACUGUUCCAUCUGCUUCAUCCCAAUCUCAAUGCAAAUGGACCUACAGCAACGAAAAUUGGAUGAGCCCAAUAGAAAUACCUGUCAUGGCCAAUCAAGAUUUGUUAAUUGAUGGUACCAGAAUGAGCUCUAUCACUGUGACUGUAGUUCCUGGAGAAUGUCUGUCAUGCAUGUCUAAAUCAGCUCAAAUGAUCAAGGUGGAAACUUGUGAUAAAGAUGAAAUAUCUGUAUGUAAAUCAUUACCUACUGGACAUAUUACAACUUUCGAUAAUGUGGUUUACACCAGUCAGUUAAAUGGUGAACAAAUUUUAUACCAGAGUAAAGAGAUGCCAUAUUCAGUUCAUGUGUUUAAUACAGAAUGUGAUGGUGUUGCUGAUGCUGUGUGUAGUUGUGCUGUUGCCAUCAGAUCAAAUGAUGAUGUUGUAGUUAUCAGUGGCUGCAAGGGUAAUGACCAUUUAGAAGUUGACAUGUAUUUGAAUGGUGAUCUUGAACCAGAUACCACUAUUUAUAGUUUUAACAGUGGCAGAGAAUAUGAGGUAUAUUUACCAACUGGAACAGAAGUUAGUGUUAAACAAUUCAAUGAUUUCAUCAGUGUGUGGAUUUACUCUUCUCCAUUAGAUUUCAACAACACACUAGGUUUAUGUGGAUUAUAUGAUAAUUCUGAUAGUAAUGAGUAUAUUAAACAAGAUGGUGUAAUGGUCAAUGACAAUGUCAACAAUGACUUCUCUAAAACAUGGAGAGUUGAUCGUAAGGAUACUAUAUUUUAUGGUAUUUGUCCUGAUCAAAUGACGUCUGCUCCUAAAGAUGUAAGAGAGAGUUGUGAAUGUAGAUCAGCAGAUAGUACACGAUGUCAUUCAUCUCAUGUUUUAACAUGUCCUGCAUUAAAAGCCUAUUUUCCGGAUUAUGAAGUAACGUCUGAUCUUGUAAAAUAUACUGCGUCUGCUCCUGUAAAUUGUCUGAUGGGGGUACAAGUUAUUGAUGAAUAUAUACAGAAACCUGACCCUGUUAAUGUACCAGUCUGGAGAAAUGGAUGGAAUGAAGCUAAUGCUACAGAAUUUUGUCAGACAAUCAGCAAUUCUAAGAUUUCCACAAUUUGUAACAGUGUGGUUCAAAAUUAUACAGAUGAUGAAUUGACUAACUGUAUCAACAACAUUAAGUAUACAGGUGACAGGACAUUCUUUAGAUUAUUAGAAGAUGGUUUGGAAGAAAGAUGUUCAAAACAAAUCUAUAAAAAUCUGACCAAUUUAGUGCCAGACUCUACCAUUAAUUCACUCUGCCCGAACAGUUGUAGUAAUAAUGGAAAUUGCAUAAAUGGAAUUUGUUAUUGUGCUGGUUUUAUUGGUGAUGAUUGUUCUGUGAAAGCCAAGGACAAACCUGUAAUAACAAGAUUGAACAAUGAUGGACUUUGUAACACUAGAAACCAACCAUGUGAUUCUGUUGUCGUAGAAGGCUACCAUUUUGUUAAGGGUACCAACUUUAAAUGUCAAUUCAAGAAAAUUGAGGUGAAUGCCACACAUUAUAGUAGUAUUGGUGAAUGGAUAGAUAGUACCGAUAUAGAAUAUAUUAAUAUUGGUUUGGUAUCCUGUUCAUUACCUAAAGCUGGUUACUAUAUGAUACGUGCCUCCAAUAAUGGACUGGACUACAGUAAUGAAGUUUUCUACUUCGCCAAUGAUAGAGAUUGUUACAAUUGUAAUACCACCGAAGGAACUUGUGCUCAAAGGGAUAAUGUAUGUAUUAUUGAUGGAAAGUGUUAUUUUGAGAAUGUAUUUAAUGAUAGGAAUCAUACAUUGAUAUGUAAACCUGAUAAAGACGCAGAUGGUUGGACAUACACAGAUUCACCAUGCAUAGAGAGUACCGCAACAUGGAAUACAACAGAAUCUCGGGCCAUUGGUUUCCAUAACCAUAAAACCUAUAACAAUGUCGUUGAUCUUGAAGCUUGUCAGAAACUUUGUGCUGGAGAACUGGAGUUUUCAUGUAGGUCUGUGGACUACAAUACAGAAAACCAGAGUUGUCAUCUUUCUAAAUAUAGAAGAACAGACGUACAAUCAUAUUACUCAAACUUUGGCUCAAAUAUAACAAACUCUGAAUGGAAUUGUGAAAAAGAACAUUGUUCUGGCUUGAAAGUGGAAUGGAAGAUGAAAUCUGCUUUAGUGCCAAAGAAGUCUAAUUUUACGGAAAUAGCUGAUGUAUGGUCCUAUGAUGUAUGCCGAUUAAGAUGUCUUGCCAUGGAAACAUGCACCUAUGUGAUACAUAAUGCUAUGAGAGGACUUUGUUUAUGGUCUACAGAUGAGAUCAGUGAAGACCAGGAAAUGGUUUCAGCACCAGGAUGGAGUUACCAUCUGAUAGAAUGUAAACCUGGUUCACCUAGUGAUAGAGAAGGACCUUCAGUAUCGUCUGCUAAAAUUAUACCAACGUUCAAUGGUGUUGGUAAUAAAGAUCAGUAUGAAUGUCAAUAUAGUGAAGUGGUCAGUAAUAAUAAACGCUUUGUUCGAUUUGAUAUUUUAUGGAAUUUCAAUGGACAAUGGAUCUAUGAGAACACUAAAGAGGAUAAUGUUACUGAAUCAUAUUUACCUGAAAAAUAUAUUGACAAAGUGGUAUAUGGCACCAAGAUAAUGUGUGCUGUCAGUGUGUGUUACUAUGACAACUGUGAAGAUACCAGAAGUACACUAGCUGUAUCAGAUGCAUAUGAAAUUGGAAUAUUGGUGUCCACAAAUGAAGAUCUUGUCUUACGGGAAGGAGAAGAAGGAGAGAAUAUUCAACUUCAUGCUACAGCUCCACCAUAUAUUCUAUGUCGAGAGAAAGGAGUCAGUAAUAUGACCGUCUGCAAAGUUAAACUGACUAUUAAAGCAGAAGACAAUGGAAAACUGGAUUGUCCUGGAGGUUACAAAGUAGCGCAAACUGCCAUCAGAAUAACCAAUGAUAAAGAUGAAGAAAUGUCUGUCUGCAACAUGGAACUGACCAAUUCUGACUGGCAGAACAUGUAUAACAUCAACAUCAAAGCAGCAACAGACAAUAAAUAUGAUGGUGAUGCUAUUGGUAGUUUGAAUAUUAGUGCUCAUUAUAUGGUGGAAGAGAAAUCAGAAGUCACUGAAGCACUUAUCGAAAGCAAAUUAACCAUUGUGGAUGUAGACAGAAGUGCUGUAUGUUUCUCUGUGAAUGAUCCUCAUAUGACAACUUUUGAUAGUAGAUAUUACAAUAACUACCAUCAAGGAGAGUAUGUUUUAUAUAAACAUUCCGAAUUACCUCAUUCGGUACAUGCUUUCUAUAGAAGUUGUAAUGGUCGAGUAUCGUGUACCUGUGCUGUAGCUAUUAAAGUAGAUGAUGAUGUGGUUAUUAUUGAUAAAUGUGGUGAGUCUGCUGACAAUAUCUAUGGUUUUACUCCAAUCAGUGUUAAACUAUUCCGUAAUGGUUUACUGACGCCUGGUUUCCAGAUUUUCAGUGAAUAUGGUGGUCGGGAAUACAGGGUGGUGUUACCAACUGGUACAGUAGUAUAUGUUAGUAGAAGUGUUAUUCGGGGAUAUAACUAUGUCAAUGUUUGGAUUAAGGCCUCAGCAUCUGAUUUCAACCACACCAAAGGUUUAUGUGGUAGCUAUGACGAUGAUGUAGAUAAUGAUUUGAUGAAAAGAGAUGGCACUUUAUCAACUGAUACUUCAGAAACACCUGAUGAUUUCUCUUUAAGUUGGAGGGUGGACAAGAAAGAUACAUUAUAUACAGGAGCUUGUCCUGAAGAGAAUGCUAAGCCAACCCCUAAAGUGAGAGAAACAUAUUGUUACUGUCAUGAUGACUCAGACUCUUGUAACCCUGGCAACCAUCUUCAAAUAUGUCCAUUUGAAAACAAAGGAUCUGAUAUAACAUUACGUCUGCAGAAAGAAUCCCUAUUCCCUACUAAAUGUAGAAAAGAAAAUACAGGCUUCAGUUAUCCAGAAUUUGAAUAUGAUAUCAAUGCUGUUCCUGGGGAGUACAAUUUCCCUACCAAGAGUGGAAUGUCAGAAGACUAUGUUAAUGGUAUUUGUAAGUUCUCCUUGGAGUUCUUAGAUUCUGAUAGUAAUUGUAAAGAUGUACCUAAUGUUCUGUAUGAUUACAGUUUUAAAUCGUGUGUGGAAGAUAUCAAGAUCACUGGUGAACUGGCAUGGAAUAAGGCUGCCUUUGAGAAUAUAAAAGUCCAAUGUGAAAUACAAUUAGCCUCUAAUGUUAGUUUAUGGACAACUAAUGCUGAUGGUGCUCUUGCUCCUCCUACUUCCAUUACUGAUCAUCUUUGUAUAGCAGCUUGUGGUGGUGCUGGAAAAUGUGUCAAAGGUGUUUGUGAAUGUAAGGAAGGAUUCAGUGGACCAGAUUGUUUUCUAGAUGAGAACGAAGCUCCAAAUUUGUUCUAUUUGGGAAAUAAAGGACUGUGUGAUUUACAGAAAGAUCCAUGUGAUAGAGUACAUGUAUUUAAUAAUAAUACAAUAGAUAAUGAAGCUCUGUUCUGUCAUUAUUAUAAAGUAGAGAGUAAUGAAACAACGUAUAAUAUUAUUGGGGAAGAAGAAACCAGACAAGCAGAAUACAUAUCUGUCAAUGAACUAAUCUGUCCUCUACCAGAGAAGAGUUCCUAUGUUAUUAAAAUCAGUAAUAAUAGAACAGUAUACAGUUCUCCUGCAUUGCUCUUGGUGUAUGAUUCUUUAUGUUAUAACUGUAGCUUGAACAGUGGAGCCUGUAUGAUUAAGGAUUCAGCCUGUUUGAUUGAUGGCACUUGCUUUGAAACUGGAGAAUACAAUCCUGACAAUUCUAGAGAAUUCUGUGAUCCAAUGUUGAAUACAACUGGUUGGCAAGUAGCAAAUGAUUCGUGUGAAACCUUAGAUCUUCUGUGGCUACAGACCAAAGAUAAAUAUUAUAUCAACAGUACAGUAUUAUCUAGCUCUACAUCAAACUAUUCUGAUUGUCAAAACUUAUGCUUGGCCGAAGACAAUAAUGGCUGCUUAUCCUUCCAACAUAACAUGACCACCAACAAAUGUUCUCUGAAUGCUCAAUCCAGAUCCACAGCGUUUGAACUGUUUGUUCAAGAUGAUAACCAGGAAACUUAUUAUAGUGAAUGGAUUUGUGACAACAAUCCAUGUGCCACUAGAGGAAUAACUUGGAUCAGACAUGCUGGAUUUGCUAUAUUAGGAGAGAAGAUCUUGAAAGAAAUAUCAGGUGUAUCAUCUUUAAGUGCAUGCAGAAAUCUUUGUUUACGUGAAAAAGAUUUUGUAUGUCGUGCCUACCAAUUAUUGGUGGAGGCCAAGACCUGCUCUCUUUCUGCUGCAUCAAGUGCUGAUGCAAAUAAUGACUUUGUUAGAUGGCCUGGUUAUAUAUUUGAAGAAUGGACAUGUAAAUCUGGAAAUGAUCUACCAAUAGCCUCUAAAAAUCCAACAGCUAAAAUAGAAACUGAUAUGAAUUCAAACUACACAUUAUCUUGUGAAUUCCCUGCCAUUGAAAAUAGAGUUAACAAGACCUUUAAGUAUCUGGUGGAAUUUUGGCUAGAUAGACAACAUGUUAUCCAGAUGACCAAUGUCAGCCUGGAGGAAAGUGCUGAUACUGGUAAGGUCUUCUUGAAUCCAGAACAAGCUAGAGGUCAUGAGUAUGGAACCAAGCUCUCAUGUGCUGUACAGACCUGUUUACAAGAAAAAGAUGGUAGCUGUAUGCUCGGAGCUUUAAGAAGCAGUAAUAAUAUUGAACUGAAAAUAGAGUUUGAGAACCAAGAUGAAAUGGAAUUAGUCGAAGGACAGCCAAGUAAAAGCAUUGUCAUCAGAAGUAAUAUGCCACCAUCUUUUGUCUGUCAAUCUACAGAAGAUUGUUCCUUUAUGGUCUAUGGAAAACUACAAGAAGAUGAAAAUGACACACUCUGUUUUGGUGGUGAGGUGAUGAGUCAAGCUGUACUUGGUUUCAAGUCCAUGUGUGGAAUUAAAAUAGAUUCUCAAAAUUGGCAAGACAAGCAUGAAAUUCCUCUGAAAGCUAAAGUUGAUUCUUUGAAAGAUGGCAACAAAGACAGACACCUGAACUUCUGGUUAGAUGUCAUGAACGAAGAUAUGUCAGUGUUUAAAACAGAUCUUAAUACAUUCAAGCUCUCCAUUAUUGACAAGGAUAGAAGUGCUGUUUGUUCUUCCAUGAGUGGAGCUCAUCUUAUUACAUUUGAUGGAAGAUAUUACGACAUUUUAUCUUCAGGAGAGUUUGUAAUGUAUAAACAUACAACUUUACCCCUAGAGGUGAGAACAUACUACCGAGCCUGUUUUAAGAAUGGAAUGUGUAACUGUGCUGUAACUGUAAAGGCGGGAGAUGAUGUCAUAUUAAUAGAUAGAUGUGGAGCAGACCUGAAAACCUCAGACAAACAACCAAUGAUAGCCAAGAUAAUUCUCAAUGAUGACCUCACUCCUGGUGUUUACAUUGAUCAGAUUGGUGCUGGCAUGAAAUAUAAGAUCACACUUCCCACUGGUACUGUAGUUAUUGUAGGUCUGGAUAAUCAACAUCUAUCAGCCUAUCUUAAUGUAUGGAUUGUACCUUCAACUCAAGACUGGAUGAAAACACAAGGUUUAUGUGGUGAUUUUGAUGGUGAUAAUACAAAUGAUCUUAUCAAUAAUUUUGAUGGUAAAAGUCCAGUUGUUAUGUCACCAAAUGCAUUCACAGCAUCAUGGAGGUCAGCUAAAGAUUCAAGUCUAUAUAAUGGAUAUUGUAAAACAGAUUCUGAUAUACAGAUAGAAGAUAUGAUCUAUUGUGAUUGUAUUAAUAAUAACACAUCACCAUGUACCUCUAAUGGAGACAUCAAACCAUGCCCACAUCAAAAUAGACUCACAUUCUCUGAAGGUGAAGAUGUAACUCAAUUAUUUGUGAAAAUAGCAGAGAAAUCAACUUGUUCUAAAACACCAGAGUUUCAAUAUUCUGCUGACUAUAAACUUCAGGAAUAUGAUUGGCCUACGUUAUCUGGUAUAACUGAAGGUAAUGCUACAGCUUACUGUGAUGAAGUUAUCAGUAACUCCAAACCAGCGAAUAUGUGUCUAGCUAUAGAUAAUAUCCACGCUGAUUUCAUCAUGAAAUCUUGUCUCUCAGAUAUUAAGAUGAACAACAAUAGGAAGUGGUUAGGAACAACAGUCAACUCACUUCUGCAAGCUUGUGUGAUAGAAUUAAAGUUACAGGGAGCAGACGCUGGAAAGGAAGAUGAUGGUGGUAGAAACAGAACAGAGGUUAAUCAGAGCCUAUAUGAUAUUAUCUGUCUUAAUGAUUGUUCUGGCAAUGGAACAUGUGUUCAAUCAACCUGUGUAUGUAAUGAAGGUUUUAUCGGACCAGAUUGUUCUGUUGAAGACAAUGAACCUCCUGAGAUCUACCGUCUGGUUAAUGAUGGAAUCUGUGAUAUAUCUCAAGCAGCCUGUGAUCAAGUGACUGUAUAUGGUAACAAAUUUGUCAAAUCAGACAACUUGACCUGUAAAUUCCAAAGGAUCUUGAUCCAAGACAUGAAUUACACUGUUAUUGCUGAUGAAAACACUGUAGAAGUUGCAGCCAUGUUUGUUAGUUUUAGUCAUAUAGUAUGUAAACUACCAACUGUUUAUAGUUAUUUGAUUAGUAUCAGUAAUAAUGAAGUACUAUAUAGUACUGAGACUGUAUUCAGUGUCAUACAUCCUAACUGUCAUGAUUGUGAUACAGCUGGAUUCUGUUCCAUUAAGCCUGAAACUUGUUUCUUUGGUUUGGAAUGUCACAAAUUUGGUGAAAAAAAUCCAGAAAAUGACACAUUGAUUUGUGAUCCUUUUGAAAAUUAUUAUGAUUGGUCAACAGUAAAAGAUUUCCCAUAUCUUGAACUAACUCCAACUGUUAAAGCUGAACAAGAUGGCGAGAACUUUAAAUUUGUCUGUGAAUUUCAACUUCCCCAAAGAUCUGAUUUGAAACUGUUUUUGAAAUGGUUCCAUGAUGAUGCUGAAAUUAAGAUGUUGGAUCUGAAUCUAGAAGAUACAAUGGCCGAAAUAGACAUUAAAUAUGUGACUGGUUUUAAAUUUGGUUCCAAGAUUGAAUGUGGAGUAUUAGCUUGUUAUGCUGCUAGUUGCGAGUCAACCUACAGUCCACCAAAAAAGACUAUCAUAUCAUUCAUGGCCGAAAUUAAGCUUCUGACAACAAAACUGAGUUUAAUAGAAGGUCAAGAUCCAGGCUUUAUAGAAACACAACUGUCCGUACCACUGAAGUAUAUGUGUAGCCAAGACCAGGAAUGUCAGAUACAAGUUGGCGUCAUCUUGCCAGAGGAAGAUGAGCUCCAGUGCUCGGACUCUCAAUAUUAUUACCAGACGGUCUUUUUAUCAACUGAUGAGACACAAACUUGUCUGAAAAAGAUCUCAGAUUAUCCAGACACUUUGAAAUUAGAAUUGAAAGCAAGUAUUGAUGGUCUGGUUGAUGGGACUACAAGAAGUCAAGUGAUGAUUGGUGCUAGAGUGACUGCUGGAGAAGAAGUGGUCUAUAAUGAUACAAUUGGUUCCACUUCAAUCAGUAUUAAAGAUAGAGAUACCAUUGCUCUUUGUGGCUCAUUGAUCCAUCCUCAUAUGACAACGUUUGAUGGCACAACAUAUAAUGUAUUUAGAGAAGGGGAAUUUGUUUUAUAUAAACAUACUACCAUGCCUUAUGAAGUGCGAGCCUUUUUCCGACAAUGUGAUGGUAAAGUAUCAUGUAACUGUGCUGUCAGUGUAAAAUCAGGUGAUGAUGUCAUCAUAGUGGAUAGAUGUGGAGCAAGCAGGACAAACCAAGAAAAACAACCCACCACUGUCACAAUUUAUAAAAAUGGUGACCUAACACCAGGCACUAGAAUUUAUAGAUACUCAGAAGGCAAGAAAUACAAGAUCCAACUACCUACUGGAACGCUAGUAUUUAUACAACCAGGCAAGAAGAGGCAUGAGAAAGGCUAUCUUAAUGUAUGGAUUCAAGCCUCUCCAACAGACUAUGAAAGAACACAGGGUUUAUGUGGAACAUUUGAUGAAGAUGUUGAUAAUGAUCUCCAACAACCUGAUGGUCAAGUCUAUGCUGGUCAGGAAAGAGAACCUGAUGCUUUCUCUCUUCAAUGGAGGCAAGUUUUUAUGAUCUAG